CGCACGCACAAACACACGCACGCACACACACACACACACAUACUACUGUUUCCAUUUCUAUAAUGAUAUGAAUAUUUCAAUUUUCCACCGAGUCUGAGUCUGCGCAAAGUUUCCUUUCGGCACACAGCUCAGUUCUGACUGGAUGAGUGACUUUACGCGGUGCGCGCGCGUGUGGCUGUGUGCGUGAGAGAGAUUGUGUGUUUGUGUGUGCGAAAAAGAGAGAGAGAGAGAGAGAGAGAGAGCGUGUGUGUGUGUGUGUGUGUGUGAGAGAGAGAGAGAGAGAGAGAGAGAAUGAGAGUGUGAGGAUCACAGCCGAACCGAACCGGACCUGACGGCGGCGCGCGGCGGAAUCAUGAGGCGCACCGGAGAAAUGAUGGGUUUACUCAAUUCACAUAUUUAGACUUUGUUUUUGUUUUUUUGUUUUUUUUUUACUCUCUACUUUGCUUUCUCUUUUCUCACACAUCACCUGGCUUUAAACCAACUUAAAGAAGACUAACUUUCACAUGCUUUGGUUUUGUGGUUUAAGCUGAAAGCUGAAGACGGGAAAACUUUCAUUCUUAAGAGGUCCUGACAGAGCCCCCCAAAAAUGCAAGAACAUUCACUGGAAACUUUAACAGUCUAUAAAAUCCAACAUCUAAACAUCUAAACCAACAGCGCCAACAGUCCCGAGCAAACAUGGCUGUGCUUCCAGUAAGGAUCCUCUCUCCUGUCAUGGCUCCUCUAGUUCUCACCACGAUGGCCAAAAUCCUGCUCCUGAUUGUCCCACCCAUCCCAGUCCAGGCCAGUCCGAGGUACGUCCCAGCUUUACCCGGCGCCAAACGUGAGAUCAUCAUGGAUGGCGACCUGGUGAUCGGUGGCUUGUUCCCUGUACACGAGAAAGGUGAGGGCACACAAGACUGUGGGAAGAUCAACGAACAGCGUGGGAUCCAGCGUCUGGAGGCCAUGCUCCUGGCGCUCGAUGAGAUCAACCAGGACAAUCGGCUCCUACCGGGCCUCAAGCUGGGUGCCCACAUCCUGGACACCUGCUCCAAGGACACAUACGCGCUGGAGCAGUCGCUGGAGUUCGUCCGCACGUCGCUCACCAAAGUGCACCAACCCGGGUUCAUCUGCCCCGACGGGUCCAACCCAGUGCCAGACGAGGCGCCACUGGCUAUAUCUGGAGUGAUCGGUGGAUCAUAUAGUGACGUCUCCAUACAGGUGGCCAACCUGCUGCGGCUCUUCCAGAUCCCUCAGAUCAGCUAUGCCUCCACCAGUGCCAAGCUGAGCGACAAAUCCCGCUAUGACUACUUUGCUCGGACCGUGCCACCAGACUUCUACCAGGCCAAAGCCAUGGCUGAGAUCCUGCGCUACUUUAACUGGACUUACGUGUCAACGGUGGCCUCGGAGGGUGACUAUGGCGAGACGGGCAUCGACGCUUUCCAGCAGGAAGCACGCGUGCGCCAGAUCUGCAUCGCCACUUCUGUCAAAGUCAGCCGAUCCAUGAAUCGGGGCAACUACGAGACUGUGAUCCGCUCACUGCAGCAGAAGGCCAAUGCCAAAGUGGUGAUCCUGUUCACGCGCAGCGAGGACGCCAGAGAGCUUCUGGUUGCAGCAGCACGCAUGAAUGUAACCUUUAUCUGGGUGGCUAGUGACGGCUGGGGGGCACAAGAGAGUGUGGUGCACGGCAGCGAGAAAGCGGCCAAUGGGGCCUUCACCAUUGAGCUCGCCUCCUACUCCAUCCGCGAAUUCGAGGACUACUUCACCAAACUCACUCCUGAGCUGAACACACGCAACCCAUGGUUCAGGGAAUUCUGGGAGCACAAGUUCGGGUGUCGGCUACACGAGCCGGGCUGCGCCAGACACAGCCUGAGGGAUGGCUCGUUCAAGCAGGAGUCAAAGAUCAUGUUCGUCGUGAAUGCUGUGUACGCAAUGGCGCACGCGCUGCAUAACAUGCGGCAGGCCGUGUGUCCCAACACCACACGAGUGUGCGAUGCCAUGAAGCCCAUCAACGGCAAGAGGUUCUAUCGAGAGUUCAUCCUCAAGACCAAGUUUGAUUCUCCAUUUAGACCUGCUGAUACAGAGAACAUGGUGCGCUUCACCUCUUUGGGUGACAGCUUGGGCCGUUACAACAUCUUCCACUAUCGGCAAGAGAACGGAAGGUUUGUCUACAGGAAGGUGGGAUACUGGGCCCAAAGUCUGGUCCUUAACACUAGCAUUUUACACUGGGCUGGAGGAGCCGUGCCAACCUCCCAGUGCAGCGACCCCUGCCAGCCGAACGAGGCAAAGAGCAUGCAACCCGGAGAUGUUUGUUGCUGGAUCUGUAUCCCUUGCCAAGCCCAUCAGUACCUUCUGGAUGAGUUCACCUGUGAGGACUGUGGCUUUGGAGAAUGGCCUUUGGCCAACCUGACUGGCUGCUAUGAGCUUCCAGAAGAAUAUAUCCACUGGUCAGAUGCAUGGGCUGUAGGGCCAGUGACCAUCGCCUGUAUGGGGAUGAUGUGCACCCUGGCCGUGGCUGGAGUUUUUCUACGCAACAACGACACCCCAGUGGUGAAGGCCAGUGGCCGUGAGCUGUCCUACAUCCUCCUGUUGGGGGUUCUCUUGUGCUAUGCCAUGACCUUCAUCUACAUCGCCAAGCCGUCUGCGGUCGUCUGCGCCCUGAGACGACUCGGCCUCGGCACCUCGUUCGCUGUGUGCUACUCGGCCCUGCUCACCAAGACCAAUCGUAUAGCACGGAUCUUUGGUGGAGUGCGAGAUGGCGCCCAGCGGCCCCGCUUCAUCAGCCCCGCGUCACAAGUGGCCAUCUGUGGUGCGCUUAUCUCUGCUCAACUGUUGGUGGCAUUGGUGUGGCUCCUGGUGGAGGCACCGGGUGUCAGGAAGGAAGUGAGUCCCGAGAGGCGUGACGUGGUCACUCUGAAGUGCAACAGUCUGGAUUCCAGCAUGCUGGUGUCGCUCACCUACAACUGCAUCCUCAUCGUCCUGUGCACAUUCUAUGCCUUCAAGACCAGGAAGUGCCCCGAGAACUUCAACGAGGCCAAGUUCAUCGGGUUCACCAUGUACACCACGUGCAUCAUCUGGCUGGCCUUUCAGCCCAUCUUCUACGUCACCGCAAGUGACUACAGGGUUCAGACCACCACCAUGUGCAUCUCGGUCAGUCUGAGCGGCUCGGUGGUCCUGGGCUGCCUCUUCGCACCCAAGAUCCACAUCAUACUGUUCCAGCCACAGAAGAACGUGACGACGCUGAGGGCCAAGGACAACCGCUUCUCCACGGCCGCUACGGCCCCCAGCUCCACCUACUCACACGCCUCGGCCGCGACCGUGGUUCCCACCGUGUGUAACGGCCGAGAGGUAGUGGACUCUACGACGUCGUCAUUGUGAAGGAGGAAAGCACAACCGCACACGACUACACAGCAACAUCUCCAAUGAUGUCAUGGAUGAAAAACCUUCUAUCAUUGCCUCUUCCGCCACGGGUGCUUCGGUCAUCCAUUUCAGCUACUUAAAAUGAAAUUCUCUUAAACAGUUACUUGACUAUCCAAGAGAUCAAUAACAAUAAAAAAUCCUGUAAAUGUGACAAUGUGGAAACAAUGUGCCGGUAUGAACUAGUAAGUAGGUUUGUUGCCACAUGGCGUUGUGUUUUUAAGCUACAAAACUUCGAUGGCAACUAACGUGAAUAUCUGAAGCUGGGACUUGCUGUAUUAUGGAAGUGUAAAACUCUAAAACUCCAGUUUGGAGGUUUGGACUUUAACACGACUUUGUUGACAUGCCCUCACCGGUCAGUGGCCAUAAAAAAAGUUUUUUUUUUAAAAGUAUAUAUUAGAGUUAGAAAUCUUAUUAAUCUAUAUUUAUCUAAUCUUAUCAUCUAUAUUACAUGUUAGAAAUCUGUGUGGCUCAUCAGCAGGAGAACCGUAGCCCAGAUGUGGUCUCAGGAAAGGAUUAAAGCAGAGAGAGCCAAUUACUAUUUAAAAAAAAAAUGAAUGGGGUUUAUCCAAUCAAGCAUUUAGGUCAGUUAUUUAGCUAAAGGCAGCUUUGGACCACGUAUGAACCCCCCAGUCCUCCUAAAGGGUUACUUACGAUAAUGAAGGAUUUGAACAGCCCUCAAGAGGACCGCUUAAGGGGAAGUCAACAAGGGCGUGUUAAAAUAAAUGGUAUUUCGAACACAGUUGUAUGAAGUGUGUUAGAGAAGUGAAUGUUUUACAGUGCACUUUGGAAUUUAAGGAACAUUAACAGUAGAUAUUUGACUUAUUUAUAAGAAUCUGAACUUCACUGAAUGAAGCUUAUCAGGUAACGAUGUUCUUCGACAGUGAUUAGACACACUUUCCGGCGUGUUUUGCUGUAGGUACAACCCUGAAAAGUUGUUCUUAAAAAUGUAUAAUGCUCUUAGAUCUACAAGAACCUAGGUGAACUAUCGCGAAAUUAUUUAGAGCUAUAUAUAUAUAUAUACAUAUACAUAUAAAUAUACAUAUAAUUAUUCUCAGUGUUUGCCGUUAGAUUAGUUCAGUGUACUUCAUUGAUAGCACUGGGAUUCAGAUAUUGUAUGUGCAACGAGAAUAAAGUAAAUAAACAACUUUUCAGGGGGUGUAUUUACUUUUUCCUGCUACCGUUCAUGAAUCAAACAUGAAGCCGUGGUAGCUGUUAGAUCUGUUUUCCAGAAAAUGAUGCCGUUUGUGAACAUGACUUGAAGCAGGGCUCUGGGACCACCGGCUCCGGAGUUCUGCCACAUUUUACUUCUGUAGCUCUUUAGCAGAUUUGCGUUGUUCUUUAUGUGUGGUUAAUAAUGAUUAAAAAUGAAAAUAAACGUCCCAUGUUUUCUUUCCAUGCACUAGAUUAGUGGCAAUGCAAGAACAAAUCCCUAGAGUCAGUAUUUCCUUUUGAACUUGAAGACUAAAUCUUUAGUGUAUGAGAUAUGAAUUAAAGUAUUUGAAAGUAGCUAUAACAAAACGGAAUGUGUUUUAAUGUGAACUUUGGUGAACCCGUUCAGUGCUAUUCUUGUAAUAUAUGUA